GAACGUUGUUACCUGCUAGACCUUUUCGGCUUCGGGCCCAUUGGGCCAGGCGAUUUAGAACCCCUAAUCUCGGCCCACGGAGCGAGCAAUAACGGUUUGCACAAGAUGGGGCGGUCCAAACUUCAUCAAAGGCGCGAUCCAAACUUCAGAAUUACAGCCCCUGAUGGGCCCAACCGAUGCCCAACUUUCUAUCUUUUCCGCUCGGAACCAUAAAAGCAACAAUAACCUCCUGGGUUUCACUAUUUGAAACGUUUAGGUCAUUUUCAAGACCUAAAAUUCCUGCAAGCAGGAAUGUUCGUCAUUAUUCACUCCAGAAAUGAGUGAAUACCAGUUUGCAGUAUACAUAUUUCGUGUUCACGUGUGUCUAUUUCGUCGAGUGUAAUUUUCGGUUAACACCUUUAAUAAGUUAGUGAUUAAAUCAUGGACGAAGAAAAUGUUGAGAAAGUAGUUUGGAAGGAUUUGGGACUUGUAAAUGUAUUAUGCAAAGCAUGCGAAGAUCUCAAGUGGAAGUCGCCUACGAAAAUUCAAUGCGAAUCUAUUCCAUUGGCACUACAGGGUAAAGAUAUAAUAGGGUUGGCAGAAACCGGAUCUGGAAAAACAGCUGCUUUCGCGCUUCCCAUAUUACAGUCGUUAUUAGAAAAUCCGCAAAGAUAUUUUGCUUUAAUUCUAACACCUACCAGAGAAUUGGCAUUUCAAAUAUCGGAACAAAUCGAAGCUUUAGGAUCGAGCAUCGGUGUAAAAUGUGCUGUAAUAGUAGGAGGAAUGGAUAUGAUGUCUCAAGCGCUAUUGUUAGCAAAAAAGCCACACGUUUUGAUCGCUACACCAGGAAGAUUGGUCNAAAUGAAAGACAUUGAAGAGAGCAAAAAAUCAGGCAAGAGAAAGAAAGGGGACUAUAAUGAAGAUGACGACACCGAGCAGUCGAUUGGAUUCAGGAAAAGAAUGAAAGGCAAAAUUAAGGGUAAAAUUAAGGGUAAAAAAGGUUGA